AGUGUUCAAGUCAAUCCGGCAGCAAUGGAUACGUGCGCGCCCUGGGUUGCGGGAGCAGUUAAGCGCCACCCAUGACUCGCGCAAAGUUUCCUCUAGCCUCGGUUUCUGACCACAGAACCGUCUCGUUUCUCCGGUCAGCUGGCUCGUCGGUCGCUCCCACGUCCCCCAUGAACCGCCUCCUCCCUCGUCCCUAACCUCCGUCCUCUACCUAACCUCCCUCUUUAACCCCUGACCCAAACCUCCAUUAUUAUUGCCGCGACCGUGCCGCGCGCCAUUGAAUGCUCCAGCGGCGGCGAUCUGCUUUCCCUGCAGAAAGCCGUGGCUGUUUCACCCGCAAAAAGAGAGGGAUUCAUUUCGUAACAGUACUUUCGCGUUGUGUCGGCUUGGUGAUCUGCCUCCUUUUAAGCCCGUGGGAUCCGGGCGUUUCUUGGUCGUGGCCGGCCGGGGAGGAUCGAUGGCGGGGCCGCGUUGCGUUCUUGCUUUGAUGGUUGUCCUGGCGGCGGCGGCGGCGGGGGUGGAUGGGCUCGGGGUGAACUGGGGCACCAUGUCGACGCGCCGGCUGCCGCCCAAGGUGAUCGCGCAGCUGCUCAAGGACAACGGGUUCAAGAAGGUGAAGAUCUUCGACGCCGACGAGCGGACCAUGAAGGGGCUCGCCGGGACGGGCAUCGAGACGAUGAUCGCCGUGCCCAACGACAUGCUCGCCGCCGUGAGCGACUACGAGCGGGCCCGGAAGUGGGUCAAGGAGAACGUCACCAAGUACACCUUCGACGGCGGCGUCAACAUCAAGUUCGUGGCGGUGGGCAACGAGCCGUUCCUGAAGGCGUACAACGGCUCGUACGACCACGUGACGGUGCCGGCGCUCAAGAACAUCCAGCGCGCGCUCGACGAGGCCGGGCACGGGGCGGAUGUCAAGGCGACGGUGCCGGUGAACGCCGACGUGUACGACUCGCCGCCGAGCAACCCGGUGCCGUCAGCGGGGAAGUUCCGCGACGACAUCUCGGGGGUGAUGACCGACAUGGUCCGGUUCCUCAACCGCAGCGGCGCGCCGCUCACCGUCAACAUCUACCCGUUCCUCAGCCUGUACGGUAACGACGACUUCCCGCUCGACUACGCCUUCUUCGACGGCGGCGCGCCGCCCAAGCCGGUCAUCGACAACGGGGUCACCUACACCAACGUGUUCGACGCCAACUUCGACACGCUGGUCUCGUCGCUGAGGAAGGUCGGGUUCGGCCACCUGCCGGUCGUGAUCGGCGAGGUAGGCUGGCCGACGGACGGCGACAAGCACGCCACGGCGGCGUACGCGGAGCGGUUCUACGCGGGGCUGCUCAAGCGGCUGGCGGCGAGGCGGGGCACGCCGCUCCGGCCGGGCGCGCACAUCGAGGUGUACCUGUUCGGUCUCAUGGACGAGGACACCAAGAGCGUGGCGCCGGGCAACUUCGAGCGCCACUGGGGCAUCUUCACCUUCGACGGCCGGCCCAAGUUCCCGCUGGACCUCCGCGGCGCCGGGCGGCCGGCGAUGCCGGCGCCGGCCAGGGGCGUCGAUUACCUGCCGCGGCGGUGGUGCGUGCUGAACCCGAACGCCGGGGACACGAGCCGGCUCGCGGACAACGUCGGGUACGCGUGCUCCCGCGCCGACUGCACGGCGCUCGGCUACGGGUGCAGCUGCGGCGCGCUGGACGCGCAAGGGAACGCGUCGUACGCGUUCAACGCCUACUACCAGGCGCAGGGGCAGGUCGAGUCGGCGUGCGACUUCCAGGGGCUCGCCCUCGUCGUCGACAAGGACGCGUCGCAGGGCGCGUGCAACUUCAGCGUGCAGGUCGUCGGGUCACGGGCCACGGCUGCCGCCGCGCUUCCCGCCGCGGCGCGGACGGCGGCCGUGCUGGCUCUGCUUCUUGUGUUGGUUUGAGCUUACGGUGAUGGGGUGAAACGUUUGUAGAUUGUAGGUAGGUGAAGCCAUUACGAUGUUGUACCAAGAACUUGCUCAUAUGAGAUGUAACCUUGUUGUUUCUGCUCAAUG